ACACCGUUCAUAGCUGAAAACUUCACGAUCUCCCGAGGCUCGCCCCGCUUUUUCCAAAUUACGAGUUUGGUCUUGAAUCGUUCGCACGGGUCCACCGCGUUCAGUCGAAGAGAGGUAACGUGAACUAGAGCGAGAGUGAGAAGAGAAAUGCGUGCAGCGAGAGAGAGAGAGAGAGAGAGAGAGAGAGAGAGAGAAUAAUGCAAGUGAAAAUGAAUUGAAAUGAAAUGAAGUGAAAGAAAAAACGAGCGUACCUUGUUUCAAAACCCCUUUAGUAACGGAGGCAAAGUCGGAGGAGAGGAGCCAGAGGAAACUGGAAGUGGGUGAGCUAGUGUGGGGCGCCGCAAGAGGAAGUCCGGCGUGGCCGGGCAAGGUCGAGUCUUUGGGCCCACCGGGCACCAUGACUGUCUGGGUCCGUUGGUACGGGGGCGGGGGCGGUCGCAGCCAGGUCGAGGUCAAGGCUCUCAAGUCACUCUCCGAAGGCCUCGAGGCGCACCACCGUGCGCGAAAAAAGUUUAGGAAAAGUCGUAAAUUGAACAUGCAGCUGGAGAACGCGAUACAGGAAGCGAUGGCGGAGCUGGACAAGGCGACGGAGCGGAGCAACGAGCCGAAGAUCAUCGGGAGCAGGUCCUGCAGAACGACGCAAGGUGGCGGCAAGGGCUCGGAGAGCAGCGGCGCCGUUUCGAGGCAAGAGGGCAAAAGGUCGUCGAAGAAGUCCGUCGGUUCCUUGAACAACGUCGCGGCUGAGCAGAACGAGUGUAGGUGAUCGACUCACGGCGACGAGCUGCGCUGCUCUGCGAUGAGAAACCGAUUGUCACCGAGUGGCGACUUGCUGCUUUUCGCCGACUGACUCUCUGUACUCGUAUUCUCGCUAACGCAACGCGUUGUUUGUACUCGACAGAACCAACUGAGCCUCGAAAUUCUACGAAAUUCUACAUUCUUCAACAUCGACACACCGGUUUUUCGGUGGUCUUACUUUCCAAGUACCAAGAUUCGGAUUUUCCUAGAAGCUUUACCUUUCUGCGUUGCGAUCGUCGCGUGAAAAUCGUUCGAAUCGUGUAAAAUGUCACGAGAGCCACGUGUUGCACGCGAGAGAUGUAAGCGAGAACGCUAGACGAGAGAAUUGAGAUUCCAGUGAUGAUGAGAAUCGCGACGCAGAAACCGGGGGAUGGGGGGGUUGUUGAACGAAAGCGAGAUCGAUUGUAGAGUAAACGAAAAUUGUACAUACAUUCUUCCUCUGUCGUAGUAAACGAGAAUUGUUCGAUUCUAGAAGGUAACGGAGCGCUAAGUAAGUAUUAUACAUAUAUAUCGCUCUUUCCAAGCAGGAGAGAGAGUAAAAAAAGAAAAAAAAGAAAACCAAUAUCGCGGUCCAGUUUGUUGACGAACAAAGCAACAAAAUCGACGAAUCCAUAAGCAUCCGAAAGAGAAGAAAAUUAUUACGGUUGUCUUUUGAUAGAAUCAAAAAAAAAAAAAAAAAAAAAAAAAAAAGAAAAACAAAAAAAAGAAACGUAGGUGAAAAACGUAGAUUCGCGAACGAUUCGAUCGACGUUCUUCUUGCGACACGCGCGAGCACGUUUAUUUUUCUUGUACAUACAUACAUACAUACAUGCGUACAUACAUACGUGAGUGUCGACGAUAACGAAAGGCGUGAAAGUUUGUAGAAACUGUGUGGGUGCAUCACGUUGAUAAAGCGGAGAGAGAGAGAGAGAGAGAGAAGUCAAUCGAAUGUGAUUGAAGCGACUGAAUCUGUAGUAGAAGUAGAGAGAGAGAGAGAGAUACUAUGUAAUCAAGUUACGAAGAGAUUUUUAUCGAUCGAAAGUCGGUCCUCGACGUGAUAUAGGAUAAAUUCUGUCGUUAUUGUCUUUGCGAUGCAAUGAUUUGCUACUGCGGGCGAGCGUCCAACGUUCUGGCAAAACACCAUAAUUUCCUACUGUGCGAGGUGAAGCGUUCAAAGCGUUACGCGAAGCAAAUCGUUGCCACGAACAACAUUGUCGCGUUGUAAUAUCGUUUAGCUGUUCUAAUCGUCUAAUUCUGAAACCAGAGCCUGUUGGAUCCUUCGUUUGUUAAGAAUAUUUUUGAAAAAAAGAAUAUUUACUCGAGAAAUUUGCUUCCGGCGGCGAAAUUGUUGAAUGUCGAGUGUAUAUUUUCCUUUGAUGGUCAGGAUUAACACGAAGAAAAGGUGGGAGGGGGGAGAAGUUGUAAAGAAAAUGUAAUAAUCGGCGUUAUUAGAACGAAAGAGUCCGGAUUGUAUCGUUACACGCGUGAUUACUUACGUGAUUACGAUCAUCGGGUGUGAUACUGGAAAGUUUCUUUCGUUCGAGAACUAUUGAAACGACGCGACGAGUUUGAAAAGUAUUACGUAGCUAAGCGCAUCGAUUGUAAAGAAUACUGUGCAGACCUUUCUUUCUUUUUCUUUUUUCUUUUUUUUUUUUUUCUUUUUUUCUUUUCGAGUCGUCGAACUGAAACCAGACUUACAGCUAGCAAAGACGAGUGUAACUCGAAUUGUAACGCGAAAGAUAAUACACUCUGCAGAUAAUAAAAAUCCGCGUAAACGAACGCGAGCGAUUCUUGCAACUUUCGAACUUUCGAGACGUUGUUUCGAAUGUAACAUACGAGUGUAAGUGGCAAUUUGUAUCUUCGAGACUUGCGUAAAAUACGUGCAACGUAAUACCAGUUAGAACCUACGAUCGGAGCGUUCCAUUUUAAAACGGCGAACACACUCUCACGCGUCACGGUCGAUUUUUCGUUUUCCUUUUUUUUUUCUUUUUUUUUUUCGCGCGAGCAUGCAUACGUACACUUGCAUUCGAGAUACAGGAACAAGUAGUUUUUAAACGAUAUUUUUGAGAAAGAAUCAACAUCACAGUAUACUAUAGGAAAAGAAGUCAUUGUUCCCGGUCCAUCAUUUUUUUAAACGGCUAUACAGACAAGUGAAUGUACGAGAAGCAAGCCAAGUUUUACCCGGGAGGUCAUCGUGUUGCGUUAUGUAGUUAAAGCAACACGUCGAGAGCUCUUUUUUAACCACGGCCGACGUUUUUUGAUCCGCGUGAAUCGUUUUCUAAUUAGGCGUAUUCUUUAGACGUGUACAUAAGAAACGAUUCGAGUUAAUGAAACGGGAGAAAAAAAAAAAGAGGUCUCUGCGAAGUGUCGUUUAUCCGAUUUUUUAAUCACGGGACACACGUUGAAUUUCCACUUUUAACAAAAAGAGAGAGAAAGAAAAAAGAAAGAAAAAAAAUAUCGGGUGUCUUUCGAGUAACUUGAAGUAAAUUUUACUUAGAAGUUAGAAAACAGAGAACGAAAACCAAAAGACAAAAAAAAAAAAAGAAAAGAGAGUGAGGAAGAUAACGCAAUGGAAGAAGCGUAGAACGCCGAGAAAAUUUAAAAAGAUACACUCUUUUUCAUUUUCACGUUCUCUCUGAGUGCGUGUCCAACCAUAUUUUUUUUUCUCUUUUCCCUUUCUUCUUUCCUGUUCUUUCCCCCCCUUUUUUUUGUUCUUUUCUUCUCUCUUAAAUCUCAGUCGAGUACGACAGCGUGUAAUUUUAGCGUGUCUUUAUUUUUGUAUCGAAACACGAAAAUCCAAAACUAUGGUACCGCGUUGUUCAGCGCACAAUUUAACUCUGAGACGCGAGAAAAUGUUCCUUUGAAAGCAUGUACGCAUAAAUAAUAUGUACAAAAGCCAUACAGAGCGAAUGUUUAAGAGUUAGUAGGAUGUACGAGUAUUAAAUGGAUAUUUUAUUUGAU